CUUGCCUUACCUGACGUCUCUCCCACGUCUCUCCCAUCUCUCCCGCUCUCUUCUUCUUGGCUCUGUUUUGCUCUCUUGGCGAUCUCCUCGUCGUCCUGCGCAGGUCGGAGCUGCUCUCCGACGAACGGCCGCAUCUGCGAGCGUCCUCGGCGUCGGAUUUAGGGGAAGCAUUCCGAUUCUUGUUGCUGCUGAUCUUCCUUCUUCGUUUUCUUGAGGUUUCUUUUCGCUCGAUUCUUGAACUGUCGAAAUUGCAAUUAGGGUUUAACAUUUCGUUGGAUUUUGUGUUGUGAUCGUCCGCAUCUGAGGUUUUCCGUGGCUAAAGAUCUCGUUCUUGGUUUUAUCUUUGAUCGAUCGUUGGUUUUCCGUCGUCUGGGUUUCUUCCCGUUUGAGUUUCUCCCGGAUAGAUCGAUCUUUCUUGGUAUUCUUGAUCGUUUUCGGUCGCCUCUGUGGUUGUCGUUCUGGUUUCAAUUGGAAACAAUGGCUACUUCUCGUCCUAGGCGCAUAGAGUACGACCGCUUCAUCCCGUUCCGAUCGGCGAUGGACAUGGACUUCGCGCACUAUGCCCUAACGACGCCUUCGAGACCUGGUGCGAUGUCAUCGAGGUCAGCGUACCAAAAGCUUCUUGAUCAGUGCGUGUUGAAGAACAGGUCACGUAUCCUCGCUUUCAAAAGUGCACCCGCGGCGCCGGCCGACGAAGUGCCCCAAUUUUACGACGCCAAUCUGCAGCAACAGAGGAAAAUCCCCGACAAACCAGAGAAAGUUUUGGAGGUCUACGGCAUGUUAGACAAUUUUAGUUAUAAUCUCCUCGACUGGGGAAGCAAUAAUAUGCUGGCGAUUGGCGUCGACGACACGGUGUGCCUAUGGGAUGCCGCGAACGAGUCCGCCUCGGUGCUUCAACGAGCCCUAGAUGGCAACGGACCCAUCACUAGCGUCAGCUGGUGCCCAGACGGCAAAUUUCUUGCUUUCGCAUUAGGCAGUUCAGAUCUGGCCCUGGUUGACGGAUCAACAGGACGUGUCCUGGACGGGGUCUCAGGCGACAAGCAGUCCAAGGUGUUGUCACUUGCCUGGAGAAGUAAUUCGGUCCUGACAGCUGGGAAAUCCGAUGGAAGUGUUAUCGAUUAUGACUUCAGGAAGCCAGACCAUGCCAUCUGUGACUAUAAAGGGCAUGAACUUGGAGUUUGUAACCUGAAAUGGUCGGGGUUGUCGGGCCGGUAUCUCGCGAGCGGAGGGCAGGAUAAACUGGUGCACAUAUGGGACGCUUGCAUGGCGGUCCCAAAUGACUGUCCACGCCGACAUCAAUGGCUUCACAGAUUGAGCGGUCAUACUUCCACUGUGAAGGCCCUUGAUUGGUGCCCGACUCGGAGCAACCUGCUGGCUUCUGGUGGAGGACGUUACGACCGUCGCAUUAAGUUUUGGAACACUAUUGAUGGUGCUUGCUUGAACACGGUCAAUACCGGCUCUGAAGUUUGUUCAUUGUUAUGGGACACGAAUAAAUCUGAAUUGCUCACCUCCCAUGGGUUUCCGAAGAAUCAACUCAUCCUGUGGAAUUACCCAUCGAUGAAGAGGGCUGCUGAGCUUUCCGCUCAUUCAUCACGGGUCCUUUUCAUUGCCAGGAGCCCAGUGGGAGGUACAGUAGCUUCUGCAGCAGCAGACGAGACAGUCAAGUUCUGGAACAUCUUUGAGGCUUCCAAAUGUUCAGUGCCCUUUGCCCGUUUUAAUGUCAUAAGAUGAGAAGGCCGAUGGGUGGAUAAGAUUAUGACAGUUGACAAGAAGAUCCCUUAGUGUUGCACAGGGAAGUUUGGUGGCAUCGACAAGGCAGCAUACUUUCACACAAGCAUUACAAAUGUAACAUCCUCGGAUAUCAGUUGAGGCACCUAAGAUUAUGCCAAGUUGAGGUUUGCUAUGAUAUCCGAUAGACUUCAGAUGUAUAUGCUGUUUGGGACCAUUCUAGAAACCUUGGAGGAUCGAACUCUGUGUCACUGUACUGUGACAACAAAGUACUUUUUAUCACACAUGAAGAGAUCACAUGCACAACAACAAUUGUGUUCGACACCAGGAGAUCUAUGCAUAACUAGAUCUAAGAGAUACAAAGAGAAGCAUUUGCUCAGAGGCUUUGCAGAACUACUGUCAUGUUCGAUGAUUAGUCCAAGAGAUACAAAGACGUUAAGGAUUCUUGGGAUUUUUCUCAGACGGUAAACAUUUGGAAAAUUGUGGUGUUGCAACUGGUUGGGUUAUUUGGUGAAAAAUGCAAUCGUUAUGCUUCACUAGAGCAGACAUCGGAAGCUAGGGAUGAAAUGGUAUCAGUGUGAUUUCGUGUCAUAUGGAUAGCUCAGCUCAUAUGGAAGGGUUGAAGAUGCACUGUUGGUGAAACUGUGAAAGUGCCAUCAACUUGUAUAUACUCAGAGAAUUUUUCGACAAAGAGUUUAUUUUGAUGGAAUCUCGAAGGGAAACGACAAGGUGAGAAUGAUGUCAACCAGAGCAUUCCUGAUGUGAUUGUAUUCAGUUGCUAUUGACAAUGUAUAAAGGAGGCAUCAACCUGCGACUGCGGUGGGGGAAGCCGAGGAUGUUCCACGAUGUCCCAUCCUUCCACAAGGCUUUCAGAGUUCACAGACGCGGUCACCUCGGCAGAGUAGUCGAAGCUUGCAUCGGAGUUCGACUGAUCAGCACAGCAAACGUAUUAUGCACAUCAUAGAUAUGACACCAAAAGGUGAAAACAUUACUGAUUAACGUGCUGAAUUUGGGACUCACCGAUUCCGUUGUCUGCAUGCUCCCCAUGAAGCUGCUCGAUGGAACCCUCGAAUUUUCAUCCCACACCGAUCUGUUCAGUUGAUGAGCUUGCUUUGCUGGCCUGCAUAGCAAUAAAAUACAUCAGUGUUUGAACCAAA